CGUUCCUCCAGUCACGCUGCAAACGCGACUCACCAACUCUAUCACGUCCACUCUCUCUGUGCCUGAGGUUUUUUUUUCCUCCCUCAAGGUAUCACAGCUAACCAUACACACAACCUGCAGGGAAAACAAAGCAGCAGGAUCGGGAGGCUGAGAGCUUUUGGAGGCGCACUUUAAAUCAGCAUUACUUUUGGUUUGAAUCCCUCUCUUCUUUCAAUGGAUCCGCGCGUUGUGCUGCUCUGCUCUAUGUUCGGACUUCUCCUUGGCCAAGGAACAGAGCAGAUCUCCAUAGAGGACUGUUGCAAGGAUGGACAGAAGCGAGGCUUUGACAACGAAGACUGCGCAUCCCUCCCUCUUAUCUCUGAGUCAACCACAUGCAGGGUAGUGCAGGAGCAGUGCUGCGUGACAGUGCUGGAGGAUAACAUGUGCACCACUGGCAUCAACUUGGCCAAAGGUCAAGGAGCCUGUGAUUCUUUGUUCGCCAACACCUGCGAGAUCAAGACUACAAAGAUGUGUUGUGACUGUUGUCUCCUGGGGAAGGCGAUCCAGGAGCGAGGCCUACCUUGUGAUCACACCGUCGCUGUGGGCUACCAGUGCGGCUUAGUUUCCCGGGCCUGCUGUGUAGAUGGAGUCCAAGAUAACCAGACAGCACCCACAGCACAAGCUCAAUUUCAGAACAAGACUACAACCAAUGACAAGGGAGAUAAUUCAGUGUUAACUGACCAGUGCAAAGGCAAAUGUGCUCAUUUAUGCGUUGGCAAUGACACCUGUGCCUGUUUGAAAGGCUACAAACUCAAACCAGAUGGAAAGAGUUGUGACGAUAUCAACGAAUGUCUGUUGGGAUCAAGCAACUGUCGCGCAGGAGAGCGCUGCAUCAACACAGAGGGCUCGUUUCGUUGCCAGAGAGAGGUCAGCUGUGGGACUGGCUAUGAGCUCACUGACAGCAACAACUGCAAGGAUAUUGACGAGUGUGAGACUGGUAUCCAUAACUGUGGCCCAAAGUUUGAGUGCCAGAACACCCAGGGCUCAUUCCGUUGUGUUACCACGGUCAAGUGUGGGACGGGUUACAUCCAGGACGCCCUGGGCAACUGCAUUGACAUCAAUGAAUGUGUGAGCCACACCGGCCCAUGCCACAGAGGGCAAAUCUGUAUCAACACGGAGGGCUCCUUCACCUGUCAGAGGAACUCCGUCAACUGUGGUCGAGGAUACCACCUGAACGAGGAGGGCACACGCUGUGUUGAUAUUGAUGAGUGUAAGAGCACUGAGCAGGUUUGUGCAGGUCAUGGAUGUAUCAACCUGGUCGGCACCUACCGCUGCGAGUGUCAGACCGGCUACAUGUUCAACAGCAUCAGCCGGACUUGUGAAGAUAGUAAUGAAUGCCGACACUACCCCGGUCGCUUGUGUGCUCAUAAGUGUGAGAACACUCCUGGAUCCUACAAGUGCAGCUGCACGAUAGGGUUCAAGCUUGCCAGUGAUGGCAGGAAUUGUGAUGAUCUGAACGAAUGUGAGACUAACCCAUGCAGUCAAGAGUGUGCCAACGUGUACGGCUCCUACCAGUGUUACUGUCGCCGUGGAUACCAGCUCAGCGACAUCGACGGCAUAACUUGUGAAGACAUAGACGAGUGCGCCCUGCCCACUGGAGGUCAUAUUUGCUCCUAUCGCUGUCACAACACACCUGGGAGCUUCCACUGUUCUUGUCCUAUUGUUGGCUAUACCUUAGCAACCAACGGGCGCACUUGCCAGGAUAUUGAUGAGUGCGUGACGGGAACACACACAUGCUCGGAGAACGAGAGCUGUUUUAACAUACAAGGAGGAUUCCGAUGCCUGUCCUUUGAGUGUCCGAACAACUACAGACGCGUUGGAGAAACUCGAUGUGAACGCUUGCUUUGCAAUGAGUCUGUCGAGUGCCUGGCCAUGCCCCUGAGAAUAACCUACUACUACCUCACCUUCCCCACCAACAUUCCCGUCUUCACCAACAUCUUCCGCAUGGGCCCCUCCCACACCGUGCCUGGUGAUGACAUCCAGAUCGCUAUCACUGCUGGCAACGACGACGGUUUCUUCAAGACGGAGCAGAUGCCCACUGGCGGCGUAAUGUCUGUGGCAAAGCUCCUCUACAAGCCACAGGACUUUGAUCUGUCUCUGGAGCUAAGGCUUCACCGCUAUGGCACAACCAGUACAUACCUGGCUAAAGUGCUGGUGUUUGUUACCCAGGAGGAGCCCAGAGUAGUUUACAAUCCCCUUCUCGAAUAGACACAGCUUUUAUGUAGCGUUGCACCAGUUGCUACACUUGGAAAAUGAUGUGUCAUUUUGAGAUGAAAUGUCUCGGGAGAAAACACAUUCAUCCUCAAGACAAAUUGCAUGAGUCAUGAACAUACGGUACAUUAGUGGCAAAGCAUAGUGAUGCGGUCUAGACUGUAUCGUAACAUAUACGUAGCGCAAGUGAUCGCAGGACAUGCUGCAUAGAAAUAUACAGUGUUAGCUAAACAUUUGGGUUUUCAUUCAGUGAUCAGUAAUUAGCCUCUGUAACCAACUCUCAUUCAUGGAUUCCUGCUAUUUAAGUCUUACCUUAAAAAGGUUUGUAAAUACGCGUAGAUCAAGUGUAAUCUGUGAUGACUACAGCAGUCAGAACCCUGUCGUCGUUCCUGUCAUGUGCCGACCCCUGUGCAUUCUUUUGUCACAUUUUAAAUGUAUACAAUUAUCCAACAUUUAUACGUUUGAUUUUAUAACUGAGCGCUGCAUGUCCGGUUUGUAUGUGAAGCUAACAGCUGGCUAGUGUGAAGACUACAAACAGCUUGUAUGGCUCUGUCCCAAGUUAACAAAAUCCAUCCUACCAGCACUUCUAAGGCUCUCUUAUUAACACGUUGCCUCUCAGUUUUAUAAAUGUUUAAUUAUUUGUUUGUUUGUAGGACUAUUUUAUGGCUUGGCAUUGUUUCUUUUUUUCUAACUACAUGUAAACAAUGAUCUGAUCAAUCAUCCAGCCUGGAUUUAAAGGCCAGAAAUAAUGAAAAUAUGAACACAGAAAAUCACAAAGGAACACCGUUCUUUAGCACUGUACUAUUUUACAGAAUUUAAGAUUGAACACUAGACUUAAGUGAAUGAAGCCCAAACUGAAUGUAUAUUCUUUGAGGGUAAGGCAUCGUCAUAUCCGCUAGGUGGCGUUCUAGGUCAGGGUAACUUUCAAAAUGGUAACGACCCAAGUCUGCAUACAACUAAGUGAAAUUUGAUGAGGGUUGCAUGACAGAAUAUGACGUUGACGCAGUAUUUUAUGGUUUAUGUGUUGGAUGAACAGUUUUCUAUUAAAAUUGAAAUUGAAAUAACACAUGUUCAACUCAAAUCCACUUCUUGAUAGUCAUACAUUGUGGGCUUUAAUCAAAAUGCAGCGAACGAAAUCAGCUGGAAUGUGAGGCCACAGCAGUGAUGGAGUUACUUCCUCACAUAGUUUCAUAUUAUUCCAACAGUGUCAGUAAAGAGGAAAGCCAAUGAGGCAUGUGGAUGUCUAGUAUUACAUGUAUUUAAAGUGAAAGGUUCAUUCUUUAGUCUGAUUGCAAAAAGGCCUGUCAACAGGUGACAAAAAAAUCUGUGUUCCUUUCUUCUGUUAGGUUCCCAAAGAAACACUCCUGUAUCAGUAUUUAUCUUUAAAUAGAGGCUAUCCAAGCUUUUCCAUCAAUAAGUCAAACUCCGUAUGUAUUAUAUGUGCAUGCACCUCAAGUAAUAACUAUUUAACAAGUCCAUACAGUAAUUCCACACAUCCAAUUUCCAGUCAAAAGGCAGAUUGGCCCUAUUAAGGCAACAAUGCCACUUUCCAAAUGUCAGUUACCUUGCACCGCAAAUACAUCUUUCUUUGUCAGAUAUCUUAUGUACAUCUCUGUUGCUCUUGUUACAUUUUGGGGCUAAUGUAGAACACACAGAUUUCCACUGUAUGCUGUGGGCGAAAACCCCAGUGCAGACAGAUAAUCCAAAUGAAGGCUGAGUAAGUGACACACGAUGGGAUGCAGUGGCAGAGGAGUGGGAAACGCGCGCCAUCAGGAGAGAGUAUAAAUAGUUUGACAUGCUGCGAGGCUGCUGCCUGAGGGCUGCGGCUUAUAAUAACUGUAAAUUCAGAUGUCCUAGGUUCCUCCUGUCCUGAGCUGUCAGGCCAGUAAGGAUGCACUUGGUCUCUAGUGGGGAUAUCCUUAAAAUAAGAACAUAGUGGCGCGCAGGAGGUUUUUCCUCCCCUUUGACAUUGAGUUAUGGGGCUCUGGGCUCUGGCCGUGGUCUGAACAAUUUGUGGUUCAGCAACAUCACCGCGCGCAAAAUGAAUGAUGCCCUGCAGUGUUUUUGUUGGGGCGUUAUCAAUGUGCUGACUAUAAAUAAUAAUUACCAAAAAAAAUAAAAGGCCCUACGCUUGACCAGAGGACUUUCAUCCAGAAAGUCUGUUUUUCUUUCUGGUCUAAAAGUAUUGGGGUUUUUCUCCUAGACUGGGCCACGUGAGGCAUGGGGAGAUGAAGAAGACAUGCAUGUGCGUGUGGGCACGUGCGCUCCCGCACACACACACAAACACACACACGCGCUUGUUUGCAUGCACAAGUACAUACAUGCACAAAUAAACAUGAAGGCUUUUUUUUUU